AUGCAGGAACCACCCUUCGUUAAAGCUGAUCAACUCAAUGAUGAGCUUGACAUUAUAGCAAGUUCAGCUGCACCUGCGAUAUCAACAAUGCGCUUACCAGGUCAACCACGCAUUUAUAUAAGUCAGCAUACAAAAGUUGAUGAUUUUCUCAAACAAGAGUUUCUUCUAAAAGACCUCGAGGAAAUCUCUCCACAUUUAUGGAUGAUGUCAAAGCACGAUAGUAAAAGCAUCUCUCCCUUACAUCGCCAAAAGGUCAAAGGUCGCGAGAUCGUUAUCACUGAAGAUCCACGAUUGCAUUUAGUGUGGUAUCACGACCGCAUAUUUAUCAAACCACUUCCAAAAUACCUUUUAUCCCACCACUUUUGGGAGAAAUAUCUUUGCGUCAAUCGCCACCCUUCACCAGAGCAAAUUACUCUUCAGAAAGCAGUUCUAGGAUAUCUCCGAACAUACAUCUAUCUCAUCAAAUAUGAAUCAGAUUUUCGUAUAGCUAUCGAUGACAAACUUCGAUUGAUACCUCCUGGUAUUACAUUUUUAAAAUUCUGCGAUUUUAUUGCACAUUUGGAAACCCUUCUUGAUGCCGAUGUUGCUGAACGAUAUGCUUAUGGCGAAAUUCGGCUUACGAGACUCAAUCUGUAUUCGAAAAUUUUCUUAAUGAAGUUCAGCUUCCACCGUAUUUGUCCGCAGUACUCUGAUUAUUUCGCCUCAUUCUAUGGGCCUUUACUUUUUGUAUUUGCGACACUUUCUGUAGUGCUAGGUGCGAUGCAGGUCUCGUUGGCCAUUGACUUUGAUGCAACUAAGCAGUGGAAAUCUUUUGGGCAAUUUUGCCAAUGGUUUAGUGUCAUUUGUCUUUCUGUGGUAGCAAUUUUGGUUCUUUGGCUUGGUUUGUUAUUCUUGUAUAAAUUCAUCAAGGAAUGGGUUUAUGCUAUCGCUGAACAUCAGAGAAGGAAAGACUGCUCUAAAGACUGUUCUAAAGUCUGA